ACCCUUGCAUGUAUAUAUUUAUAUAUACAUUACUGAAUUCCUGUCAACCUCCCCUUGCAGUAGCCUCAGAACUAUUGCAGCGGUAUCAAAUCCCACCAGAGUCAGGUAUCAAAGAGAGAGAAGCUAGACGAUGGCCAGCUUGACCGCAGCAGCAGUCACCAUCCCCUCCUUCACCGGCCUGAAGGCCGGCACAGCCGCUGCACGGGUCGGCAGCAGCGCUGCCGCGGGGUCGAAGGCGCCGGUUGCGAUGGCCGUGUCACCCCGUGCAUCUCUCAAGGAGGUCGGUGUGGCUGUGGCAGCCACCGCUGCAAGCGCUGUUCUGGCGGGCAACGCUCUCGCCAUUGAUGUGCUCCUUGGAGGCAGCGAUGGCUCGCUCGCUUUCGUCCCUAGCGACUUCUCGGUUGCUCCAGGGGAGACCAUCGUGUUCAAGAACAACGCAGGGUUCCCCCACAACGUCGUGUUCGAUGAGGACGAGAUCCCAUCGGGUGUCGAUGCAUCUGCCAUCUCCAUGAGCGAUGAGGACCUCCUCAAUGCCCCGGGGGAGACCUACACCGUGACCUUGAAGGAGAAGGGGACCUACACCUUCUACUGUACUCCUCACCAGGGUGCUGGGAUGGUGGGAAAAGUGACCGUUAAUUAGGUUGUCGUGUCUUGUACCUUAUGGUUCCUUUUUUCUUUUUUCUUUUUGUUUGAACUGGUGGUCAUUUAAUUUCUAGUCUUGAGGAGAGUGGAUGGAUGUAUUGAAGUACUAUAUAUCCAUUGAGUUACUAAAGGAGGGCUGGUGUUCUUCGUUUUCGUGAUUUCUAAUCCUUGUAUACUUCAUUAUCUUCUAGUA